CUUGUAAGAACAUAACUAACGGGACAUUCAUUAUUAAAGAUCCCAUAGAACAAUAAAGAGCGGUGCGAUAAUUCAGUAUGGUGGACAGUGUUUACCGUACACGCUCUCUCGGUGUUGGUGCUGUUGGACUUCCUGAUCAGUAUGCCGACGGCAAAGCAGCGAAAGUGUGGCAGCUGUACAUCGGAGACACUCGGAGCAGGACAGAAGAGUACAAGAGCUGGGUGCUGGCCCUACUCAGGAAGCAUGGGGUUCAGAGGGUGCUGGAUGUAGCCUGCGGCACAGGGGUGGAUUCCAUCAUGUUGGUAGAAGAGGGAUUCAGCGUGGUUAGUGUGGAUGCUAGUGAUAAAAUGCUGAAAUAUGCUCUUAAAGAGAGAUGGGAGAGAAGAAAAGAGACAGCUUUUGAUAACUGGGUGAUUGAGGAGGCCAACUGGCUAACAUUACCAGAAGAUGUUAAGAAGCCUGGAGAUGGCUUUGAUGCUGUAAUCUGUCUUGGGAACUCAUUUGCUCAUUUACCAGAUUUUAAAGGGGACCAAAGUGAUCAGAAGCUCGCCUUGCAAAACAUAGGCAGCAUGGUGAAACCUGGAGGGAUCCUAAUCAUUGACCACCGCAACUAUGAUUACAUCAUUGAGACUGGCCAAGUGCCUCAAGGAAAGAAUAUUUACUAUAAGAGUGACCUGAAACAGGACAUCUCUACCUCAGUACUGUGGGUUAAUAGCAAGCCUCACAUGAUCACACUGGACUACACACUGGUGCUGCCUCAACCAGAGGGAGCUCAGACUCCGCCUGACACAAGUAAAUUCCGCCUGUCAUACUACCCCCAUCGUGUGGAGAAUUUUAAGGAGAUAUUAAAAGCAGCGUUUUGGGGAAAAUGCGAGCACAAUGUAUAUGCCGACUUCAAGCAAUACACUGCAGGAGGAGAGCCACCCUGUUAUUUCAUCCAUGUUGUUAAAAAGACAGCUUAAUGCCACUUUAAAUCUGCAAUUUCAUUUCAUCUUAACAUGGUCUUGUCUGUGUAAAGAAAAUCUACUAAGGUAACACAUCUACAGGUUUUUUAUAAAACUUUGCCAUAUUGUUUUAAAAGUAAAUAUUGAUUUUGUGAUUUCACAUUCACAGUUGUUUCCAAUUUGAACUGGCCUACAUGCUCUUCAUUUUAUUGAUUUAUUCAUACUUUACUUCAAUGAUGUUUUAUUUAAUCUUUCAUAGUAUACAUUCUUAUUCUUGAUGCUUGUUCUUUAUUGAAUGCUGUUUUAAAACCUGCACCAAAAAGUAAAGUAAAUGUACUA